GGGGCGGGGCGAGGCGAGGCAGUGUCCGGCCCGGCGCGGCGGCGCGCUCCGCCAUGCCAUGUCCGCGCUGAACUGGAAACCCUUCGUGUAUGGCGGGCUCGCCUCCAUUGUGGCCGAGUUCGGCACGUUCCCCGUGGACCUGACCAAGACGCGCCUGCAGGUGCAGGGCCAGAGCGCCGAUGCGCGGUUCCGCGAGGUGCGCUACCGCGGCAUGUUCCACGCCCUGUUCCGCAUCUGCCGCGAGGAAGGCGGCCGCGCCCUCUACUCGGGGAUCGCCCCGGCGCUGCUGAGACAGGCGUCCUACGGCACCAUCAAGAUCGGCAUCUACCAGAGCCUGAAGCGGCUGUUCGUGGAUCGCCUGGAAGAUGAAACGUUAUUAAUCAACGUAAUAUGUGGAGUGGUUUCAGGGGUGAUCUCCUCUGCACUUGCCAAUCCAACAGAUGUGCUGAAGAUUCGAAUGCAAGCUCAAGGCAAUUUGUUCCAGGGUGGCAUGAUUGGCAGCUUCAUCGAUAUCUACCAGCAAGAGGGUACCCGAGGCCUCUGGAGGGGUGUUGUUCCAACAGCCCAGAGAGCUGCCAUUGUGGUUGGGGUGGAGCUGCCAGUCUACGACAUCACCAAGAAGCACUUAAUUCUGUCAGGCCUGAUGGGUGAUACAAUCUUCACCCACUUUGUUUCCAGUUUUACGUGUGGGCUGGCAGGGGCGAUUGCCUCCAACCCUGUGGAUGUGGUGCGGACACGGAUGAUGAACCAGCGAGCGAUAGUGGGCAGUGUGGAGCUCUACAAGGGCACUCUGGAUGGUCUUGUGAAGACAUGGAAGAGUGAAGGGUUCUUUGCACUCUAUAAAGGUUUCUGGCCCAAUUGGCUUCGGCUCGGUCCGUGGAACAUCAUUUUUUUUAUCACAUAUGAGCAACUGAAGCGCCUUCCAUUCUGAGAGCUAGCUUCAUUCCACGAGUGUCAUCUUCAAGGCUCACAGCAGUGUUUUGCUGCAGCCUUCAUUUCACCAUCCACCCGUUUUGAUGUUUUGUUACAUGUGGGUCCGGACUCUCCUCCUCCCCCACAUUCAUGGCUCCUGAAGGUUGUUGUGGCUGAAGUGUAACUGGGAGGCUGAUGGCAGGUACUGCAUGCUUUGUUCCACACAGAGGCAAGUAUUAACUGUGCACGAGUGUCUGGGCCUGAAGCAAUAUCUUCUGUGAAGAUCUGUGCAUUCCAGUGGCCCUUUGAUGCAGCUGUGGUUUGUUUGACUCAUGUGCAUUGUUCUGCCAUACCUGUGGGGUGAGGCUGGAGGCUGGACAGGGGUGCUGUCAUGUUUUCUUGCAACCUGUAACCUCAUUAAAUUAUUUAUUGACUGGAUGGCAUGAGUUGGUGUUUGUGCAGACUUAGCACAGGUAUAUUUUUCAGAGCAGAUGCUGUGUCUGCCCUUAGAGACAAGAGAAGUUUUUUUUUUCCCAGCACACUAUAUAUCCUUUUUUUUUUUUUCCCCUAAAUACAUUAUUUUUUCUUCAUACCCUUUAAACUUCAUUACAAUGAAUGUAUUUCUAAGAGACAGUUUGAUAGUCAGGAAAUUAUGGUGCCAUAAAAGCAAACAGUUCUUAUCCCUACUUCCUUCCUCCUCUGUGGGAGAGCUUUGGUCCGGAUGAAGGUCCCAUGUGAUGUGCAGCAAUGCUUCCUGCUUGAGACUGCUGCAAAGUGACGUUCUCUGUGCAGAUUGCACAAGGGAUGUUCAGCCAAACAAAGGAGAGAGAGUUAUUUGCGUGGUUCUGCAGGAACCUGGUUGAAUGCAUAAGGAAGGCGAGGCCUGUGGACUUAAAUAGUGCCAUGAAUGGAGGUGAUCCUACAAGGAUGGGAGGGUCAGUUUCAGAGUUAAGCUGUAAGUUACCAGGGGCUGGGAGCAGAGGAUUGAAAGCAGACAACGUUUGCGUGCUUCAGCUUGCCUUAAGAGAGUUUCUGAAUGUUCAAAGUAAAGAAGAAGUGAUGUGAUGGAUCGAUACGAAUCCAUUUGAGAGAGGAAUUUUAACAGUAAUUGUACACAUUCGUUUGGUUUUCUUCACGUUGCUGUAACUUUAGUUGUGGAGCAGAUCCUUCUGUGCAGUUAUACUGAUGGUUGUAAUUUCCUUCCCGACAGCCGUUGCUCAGAAAUGCAUCAACAGUGUAUUUGUAGCCUCUUA